AUGUCCUGGGAGCGUGUGGCAAACCUAACCAGGACGUUUCUGAAAGACUCAACCCACAUGUGCACAGUUUUAUUAGCGUGCAUUUGCAUCGCGGUCUCCCCGGUGUUGGGCACAAGCAUCAGCCCGGGCAGAUGUCUCGUGUGGGGGUCAGGGCUACGGGCAGACACCGUUCUCCCGGUCCGCUACUUCUACAUACAAGCAGUGGAUCCAGAGGGACGCAACAUCACUGCAUCUCCUGAUGCGUUUAAGGUGAAGAUAAGUUCCCUGGACCAAAGGGAGUACAUCCGGAUCCACGCCUCUCAGCCGCUGGACCGAGGAGACGGAUCGUUCCUGGUCCGUUACAGACUUUAUGGGACUGCGUCUAUGGGCCUCAAAGUGGAAGUCCUUCACAGAGAUGUUCCUGUCGCCAAGUCACCGUACACAAUACAAGGUCCAGUUUACCACGAGUACUGCGACUGCCCAGAACCCGAUCCUUCAGUCUGGCAAAAGGAGCUGCAGUGUCCGGAAAAAGAGCCUCAAAUUCUGUCAGACUUGAAAUCCUUCCCCACCGUCGACCUCCAGCGCCUCAGACAGGAAGUCCCCAAAAGGUUUUCUAACAGAGGCGGCCUCAUCCAUUACGCCAUUAUUAAAAACCAGCUGUAUCGACGCACCCAAGGCAAAUACACAGACUUCAAGAUGUUUUCUGAUGAGAUACUAUUGUCUUUAAUGAGGAAGGUUAAAGUGCCUGAUGUGGAGUUUUACGUAAACGUCGGGGACUGGCCGUUAGAGACUAAAAGUGCAGACGCCACUCCUGGUCCUCUGCCCAUCUUCUCCUGGUGUGGAUCCACAGACACCAGGGACAUCGUGCUGCCCACCUAUGAGGUCACUCACUCCACACUGGAGACCAUGAGGGGAGUCACCAACGACCUUCUGUCUGUCCAGGGACAUACUGGACCUCCAUGGAUAAACAAAACCUCCAAAGCCUUCUUCCGUGGACGGGACAGUCGAGAGGAGCGUCUGCAGCUGGUCGCUUUGUCCAAAACACACCCUGAGCUUUUGGACGCCGGCAUCACAGGGUGGUUCUUCUUCAGAGACCGAGAGAAACAAGUGGGCAAAGCUCCGCUGGUGGGAUUCUUUGACUUUUUCAAGUUCAAAUACCAGGUGAACGUGGACGGCACAGUCGCAGCGUACCGUUUCCCAUACCUGAUGCUAGGGGGCAGUCUCGUUCUGAAGCAGGAUUCUCAUUAUUACGAACACUUCUACCUCCACCUCAAACCCUGGACUCACUACGUCCCCGUGAAGAGGGACCUGUCCGACCUCCUGGAUAAAGUCCGUUGGGCCAAGGAGAACGACGCCGAGGUGCUGAAAGUGGCCAGGGCGGGACAGGAGGCGGCGAGAGAGCUUCUUCAGCCCAGCAGACUUUACUGUUACUACUACAGCGCGCUCCUCAUGUACUCUCAGAGACAGAGCGGUCAGCCAGAGCGCCACGCCGAUAUGGAGCAUGUGCCUCAGCUCGACGACCACACCGCCGCCUGUACGUGCAAGAGGCAAGCGCAUCAGCACGAGCACAAGCACGAGCACAAGCACAGACUCGACGAUGAACUGUGA